AUGUUCAAAGCAAUUAAACGUCUUAUUACUUCAGGUUUGAGACCCCAUUCUUGCAAACUGUGCAAUAAUUGCUAUGUUUGUCAUGAAUGUUUGCGAGAAAGAAACCAGAUCCGACAAUGUUGUUUUGGUGUUACUGAAGAAGAACUCGACGUUCUCCAUGAAGAAUUAAAGAAUAAUUUUUCACUAUUAUAUCCUAUUCGGAAACAUUCCAUAAAUGCUGAUACAAAUUCAUCACGCGCGGAUGAUUCAGAGUGCUGUGCAGAUGCUACAGAUUGGAGUAAUGAUUUUCAAUGUAAUAUUUGCGGGAAAAGCUUCAAAACAGAGUUUACUUUAACCAGACAUUUUAAUGCACAUGCUAAGGUAGGAGAAAAAUUUAAAUGUCAGACAUGUAAUAAGUGUUUUGCUAUAAAUAGAGACUUACAAAGGCACUGUAAAAUACAUAGGGAUGUAGAAAAUAAAUCCCGAGUUUGUAUGUAUUGUGAGAAAGAGUUUUCUUCUUGGUAUUAUCUAAAAAUACACAUGCGUCGGCAUACAGGUGAGAGACCUUUUAGAUGCGAACUCUGUAAUAGUGCUUAUACAACUCAAGCUAUAUUAAAUAUUCAUUACAAGACACAUGCCAUUAAAAGAAAUGCUUAUAAUGAAUCUUCUACUAAUGAACUAUCCGAUUCUGAACUGGAAACUUUAGAGGAUGAAAAUGACAGUUUUAAUGAACAAGAAAGUUUUGAUUUGGAAAGUUUCGAACUUAAAAAAUCGAACAGUUUAAUGUCAGAUGAUCAGGAUUUUAUAUCAACUUUAAGUGACCCUUUUAAUCUAGAUGAUGAUUUUGAUGAUGAAAUUUCACAAAGGAAUAUUGAUCUAAGUUUAGAUAAAGAUUUGAACCUUGAAACAUCCUUUGAGGAAGAUAUUAGUAUGCAACAAUGUUAUAAAGCACCUUUAGUAAUUAAGUUAAAGCCUUCUGUAUGA